UGCCUCUGGCUCAAUUCGCGCUAGCGACUCGCGGCAUGUACCGGUGUCUUGGGAGCUAACCUAAAGGAGAUAGGUUGAUCGGGUCCGAAUAACCAAGGUUCAGCCUCGGCUUCAGCCUUUCCCCUCAAGUCGAACUGAGAAAGGCGAUGGCGAAAACAAAGUACAGAAGUGCUUGUUUUUGGCAAAAAUGAAGGCUCUCGUCGUGGAUAAGUUUGUUAAUAAUUAUGAUGAGCUUAAAGUAACUGAGCUGGGGCAUCAUGAUGUCCCAUAUGGCCAUGCUCUGGUGCAAGUGAAAGCGGUCGGCCUCACCUUUGUCGACCUUUUAUACGCCCGCGGUAAACAUCAGAACAACAGAUCCCUCCACACGCCCCCAUUCACCCUAGGCAGUGAAUUCUCCGGCGUCAUCCUCACCACCAACCCCCCCGCCUUGCCCCUCUCCUCCUUCUCACCCGGAGCCCGCGUCUACGGCUCAUACCUCGGCGCCUUCGCAACCCACAUCUACGUUCCCCUGUCUUCUUUCAGCAAAAUUCCCUCCUCGUGGUCAUUCCAAGAAGCAGCCGGCAUCAGCUCGACCUUGCCGGUCUCAUACGGUGCGCUGAAGAGGGCGGGCUUGGAAAGAGGGCAGUCUGUGCUCGUGCACGCUGCGGCGGGGGGCCUGGGGUUGAUGGCUGUGCAGGUUGCCAAAGCACUUGGCUGUACUGUUGUUGCGACGGCGUCUACAGCAUCUAAACUUGCUGUGGCGAAGAAUUUUGGCGCGGAUUAUUCGGUGAAUUACUCGGAUGAGGGGUGGGAGAAGCGGAUACUGGAAGCCACAAAUGGAGAGGGCGUGGAUGUUGUAUACGACCCCGUUGGCCUCGUUGACCAAAGCCUCAGGUGCCUGAAGCAUGGAGGACGCAUCCUGCUUAUUGGUUUCGCUGGAAGAGAGGGUAACAUGGAGAAGAUUGCGAUGAAUCGGGUGCUGUUGAAACAGGCAGUUAUUAUUGGGUAUAGAUAUGGGGAGACUCACCGACGGAACCCCGAAGAAACAAGAGCUAUUUGGGAAACUUUGGAGCCCAUGAUCGCAAACGGCGACGUUAAGCCAACGGUAUACGAUGGGGACUUCAAAGGCCUGGAUAGCAUCCCUCGCGCGAUGCAGGAUAUGGCCGACCGAAAGGUCUGGGGCAAAGCCGUGAUCACCCUUGAUGACCAAGUCGAAAAUAGUCGAAAAAAGGUGGAUAUUCGGGCGAAUAUAUAAUUUUAUAUGUACAUAC